CAACAGUCCCCCUCGGGCCUGGGGCUGGUGUGAACGCCGCGGCUGCUGACAACUUGGGAGGAGAAUGGCAUCCCCGAGAAAAGGCAGCCGCAUGGCGUACAACCCGUUUGGCGACUUCAGCGACAUUUCCUCAGACGAGUCAAGAAUGGAAGCAAUCCGAAACUCCCAAACCAGCCGGGGUCUUAGCGAAAUAGCAGCCAGUCCGAGCCGGUUCCUGAAAAGAAACCAGGCCCUGGGGGAGAGGCACCUGAUGCCGAAGGAGAGCCCCUUCCUGGGGGGUGGCCUCAGGCCCCCCACCUCCACCUCCCAGACUCGGGCCAGCGCCGCCCUCCUGAAACUGGCCCAGCUGGAGACCAAGUUCCGGAGCCGAAAGGCGCAGCGGGGUCCGUCUGACGCCGGACCUGACCCGCAGAUCCCUGAGGCCAGCCUGGCAACGGGGGCCAGGGCUCUGGCUGAACUCUCCUCCCAGGCCACGGGCAAAGUCUUGCAGAGAUACGGCCGGGCACAGAGCGGGGGGCCGGGCAGCCGGUUCCUCAAGAAGAAAGAGCCCCCCGCCGAGGAGCCCACCACCCCUGCAGCCCGCCUGGGGGAAGAGCGGGCUCCUCCAGCACCCACGCUGCUGCGGGCACCUGCCAGGCCCUUGGUCGCGCCCGACAGCGAUGAAGAGGAGAUGAGGGAGCUGCUGGGAAGCUUGUUGGAGUCCUCCGGGGAGGAAGGGAGGCGGAGGAUUCGAGGUGUCCCCAGCACGGACGCCCGUGGGACGAGUCAAGCACAAGUCCCCUCGUCACGUCAGGUCCCAGUCACAGCAGGGCCGGCAGGCCCCUCCCUUUCUGGGGAGGAGCUUCCCAGCCCCACGCCAUUCCGGAAGCCACGGCCACCAUCCACGCGGUCAGCCAGCAGGACCCCGCCCCGGAUCCGCUCCAGAACGUCCUCCCCACAGACCCCCAGUCCCAGCUGGACAGCCUCCCGCACAUCAGGGCUGUCGGUCACAGGCCCUGCGUCUAGGCCGGGUCCCCCGAGAAUGAGGCGCCGCCCCACACUCCCGUCCUCCCCCAGAAGGAGUGAGGCUGGGCCCUCUGAGGGGUCGUCAGAGACCACCGAUGACAGCCUGAACGAUUUCCGGAUCAACAUCCUUCCCCUGGAGGACUUGGCCCUGGCCCUGGGUGAGGAGGCGAGCCUGAUUGAGGAUGGAGAACGUGCUCGGCGGGAAAGCCCGGCCCGCCCAGGCCCAGGGCCAGAAGGGCCCACUGGACAGGGGCCCCCACGACGCACCCAGGCCUGGAGCGCAGUGCCCUUGGACGGUGAGGAGGCCCCCCCCACUGAGAGUGAGGUCUCUGAGCGUCUGAGCGCUGAGUCAGGGGGUGCAUCCCAAGACCCCUCAGCAAGCACCGUGAGCUCAGCCUACUCAGACGACUUUGAGGCCUCGCCAGGCGCAGCCCCCUCCCAGCCCACAGGCUGCUCCGAGACAUCGGAAGCCCUUUCGGAGGAGCCCUCUUGGAGCGAGGGAAGGAGCCAGCUCGCGCAGCGUCCCCAGGCCAGCAGAAAGCGGGUCCAGGGUGUGACCAGAGUGAACGUGAAGGAGAUGGCUGUGCAGACCCCUGAUCCUGCCUUUACUUACCGCUGGGCCGAGGCGGCCGGGGCGGCAGCCAUCAGUCCUGCCUGGGGAGGCACCUACGUGGACCCCACGCCCAUUGCCAGCCAUGUGGUUAGCGCAGACUCAAUAGAAGCCCUGACAGCCCACAGCCCUGCCAUGCUGGUGCUGAACGACCUGCUGAGGCAACAGCUGGCCCUGACGCAGCACUUCCUGGAAGCCAACCGCCACUUGCACGCCUCGCUCCUGGCUUCCCUGGACCAGGAUUCGUUCCACUACCACACUCUGGAGGAGGCCAAGGAGUACAUCCGGUGCCACAAGCCAGCCCCGCUGACCCUGGAAGCCGCCCUGGAGGAGGUGCAGAAGGAGCUUGGAGUGUGAGCGUAGGCCCGGAACCUGCAUGCAGGAUCCCAGCCACGGCUAUGUCGUGUGGCCGCCAUGCCUACCGGGCUGGGCAUUUACCUGUGGGGGACACAAGUGCUGCGAGUCCAGGGCAGUGCCCUUGACCCGACUCCAAACUCCAGCCCACAGAAGGCGCCCGCUCCUCACCUGCCGGUGUCACGUCAGAGAAACACACAGGCUGUAACAAGUCCGUUCUUAAAAAAAAAAAAAUCUUUAUUUGAAGGCAAAACAGUAAAACCCACAAAUUGUUAAUAGCACGUAUUUAUGUAUUAUCCUGAACCAGACACUUCCAAACUAUUCACAGCUACGGAAAAUCUAAAACAAAAUCAAAAGUUCUAUCCCAUCGGGGUCAAAAGUUGGAAAGGUUUUGCAUCUUAGUGAAAAGAAUUUUCCAAAAAUGGUUCUGUACAAAUAAACAGAGCUGUACUGAGCUGAGGCAGAGGCCCUGGGGGAUCCCAAGCCCACUCCUCAGAGCCUGCUGCCCAGGCAACAGCCCCCUGCCAUUCUGAGAACACAGCGACUUCCCCAACGGGAAGACAGAAAUGAGGCCGUGUGUCUGAGGAGCGGGCUCCGAACAGGAGCUGUUCCUGACGCUAGGCCACGGGGAACAAAACGCGAACACCCGCUUCAGCUUUGGCUUCCUUUUCUAAACGGGUGCACGCGAGCGCGGGCCGUGGCUCUGUCACUGCACCCUGCCAGGGGUGGAAGCGGGCGACACCCGGGCCGCUGGGGCUGCUGGUCCGAUGGACGCCUGCUGGUCCACGAGACUGAGCUGGGAUGGAGCUGCGCGGCCUCAAGCCUGUGUCCCGGGAGCGUCGGCCUGGGGUUUCUCACUUCACUGUAAGGAAAACCAGAAGCCAGCGUCGCCCUGCAGCACGUCCCCCUGCACGAAGGUGGCUGUGGGCGAGGCCUGGGUCAGAGCUGGCUGGCAGGACCAUCCGGAAGCUUCCACUGCCUCUCAGUGGAAGGUCCCGGUGGCUGAGGGCCACGGCGGCGGCUACUUGCACUCGUCCCUGGCCUUCAUGCGGGCGAUGAAGGAGUAGCUCUUGUUGCGGCGGUAGUUCUCGUAGGGGUCGUCCAGCGCCACGCCCACGCCCUUGUACUGGUCCCACUUGUCCCGCACGUCUCCGCCCUUGAUGGGGUCCUGGAUGCCCUGCUCCUUCGCGCCGAGGCCACCGGAUCCGCUCCAGCCUGGAGGACAGGCACAGGGUCAGGACCCGCAGGCAGUGUGUGUGCACGUCCCCCUCCCAGAGCACCCACCCGCCGCCAGCCGGGGACUUACCCAUCUUCACCAGCAUCUGGUGUCCCUUGUUUUCCUCUCCGAGCCUGGGGUCGGGGACAGGCGGUGCAGAGUUAGAACCCAGACCAGCCGAGGAACUAAAACCAAGACAGGUCAUGGUGUUCACAAAGCCACGGCCACCAUUAGUUGGGACGUUACAGCAUGUGGCGGACCCGGCGUCACCGUUACCGGUGGACGCGCACUCAUCACAGGCUCGGCCGCUGUCCUCGCUGCCACUCUUCUGCCAGCCCGUGGCUGCCUCAGCACAACCCUGCCCACACUUGGCACCGAGGCCAGCUCGUGGCACCCCUACAACAGUCAGAGAACACGCAGCCCCACCACCACCAGGGCUCAGUGCUGGUGAAUGAGGUGUGACCGGCAUGCCAUCGCCACCCCACCCGGAGCCCGUGCGCCCUCUGAUGCCCACUGUUUGCCACUCACAGCUGCCCGCAAUGAGCACCAGAGGACAGCUACAACAGAAAUCUUACGGCGGGGUUUGGCUCCGGGACCGGGAUCGCCGCCUCCUGCCUGGGGAGUAGGACUUGGACCGGGACCGGGACCGGGACCUGGAACGGCUUCGUGAGGAGCGUGACCGACUCCGGCUCCUGGCACAGUAGAGAAGGCUGUGACUCACAGGCCGGCCGGCCGGCCGGGACCAGCCUUGGGCAGGCCCGCACCCCAGCUGCCCCUCGGUGCCCGCUUACCUGGACCGGGAGCGGGAGUAGGAGCGGGAGCCGGAGCGGGAGCGUGAGCGCGAGUAGGAGCCGGACGACUUGGAGGAGCGCGAGUUGGAUCUGGAGGACGAGCGCCCUCGGCUCUUGGACCUGCUCCUCGACCUUGAGGGCCCGCUGCGGGAGAGCGGUGCGUCAGGGCUGAGCAGAGCACCCCUCCUCUGCCCUGGGCGCUGGCCCUUCAUCCUGGGGUACAGGUGGUGCUACGGAUGUGACAGGGUGGGUGUGACGGCCUCCCCCAGAAGACCUGGGACCUCACCUGUUCCUCUUCUCCUGGCCUUUCCUCCGCCGGGCCCGCAUCUUUGCUCGGAAGAACUCAUAGAGGCCAUUUUGCUCCCAGCCUUCACUGUAAGACAGGGCAUUCCCCUGACUGGCUCCGUCAGGAGACAGGGACAGCUGGCAGUCCACUGUGGGCCAGGAGCCACUCAAGCGCUGAGGGCGAGCCUGCCUUCCCCACAUUGCUGCUGGGCCAAGAUGACCAGAGACCUGUCUUUAGCCUAAUGGGGCAGUGAGGAGCUGCGACCGAGGCAGACCCGACCAGCUAUGGGGCAGGAGCUUUUGGCUGGGCUGGGGAGGGUAGUUCUGGCCUGCCCGCACCACGCUUCUUUCCGACACCUGAAUUAAACCUCCCCGAGGA